AGCCACGCGCCUCACCCCACCCCACCCCCACCCCCACCCAAUCAUCUUCUUCCUCCUUCCACGGCCUCCUCGUGCAUCCCUGAACCUCCCAGAACCCCCCACGCCGCGACGCCGGUGACAGCGCCCGCCGUCCGUCCGUCCACUCCAUCUUUUUAUACCACCAUCCAUCCCACCCCCUCCGCAUCUGGACGACGACAGAUCAUUCGCAGAGACACAUACGGCACCACAUCUACAGCCGCUCGCCACUUCACUCCACACUCUCCGCCAGUCCAAGAACCCAAGGCACCGGGCGCCAUGGCCGCCGCGCUCGCCGCGGACCUCCGCAUCUCCUACCCGGCCGCCGCCCCGGCCCCGGCCGUCGCCGCCGCGGCGUGGGGCAGCAGCAGGACGGCGAAGGGCCCGUCGUCGCCCCGCGUCGCGCUCAGGGCGGCCAGGGGACGUGGACGGCUCGCCCCGGUGACCGGGACGCCGCGGACGGCGCUCUCCGUCAGGUGCAACGCCAGCUCCCGGGACGGGAGGAUUACACAGCAAGAGUUCACUGAGAUGGCAUGGCAGUCCAUUGUUCUGGCGCCUGAAGUGGCCAAAGAAAGCAAGCACCAGAUCGUUGAGACUGAACAUUUGAUGAAAUCAUUGCUGGAGCAGAGGAACGGGCUCGCCCGUCGGAUCUUUUCCAAGGCUGGAGUUGAUAACACAAGGCUUCUCGAGGCCACGGAAAAGUACAUCCAGCGGCAGCCUAAGGUAUUAGGUGAAGAUCCUGGCUCGAUGUUGGGGCGUGACUUGGAAGCUCUGAUACAGAGAGCAAGAAACUAUAAGAAAGAGUAUGGUGAUUCAUUUGUCUCGGUUGAGCACAUUGUUCUUGGUUUUGCGGAUGAUAAGCGAUUUGGAAGACAGCUGUUCAAGGACUUCCAGAUCACCGUCGAAACCUUGAAAACAGCUAUUGAAUCCAUAAGAGGGAAGCAGAAUGUGAUUGAUCAAGAUCCUGAGGGCAAGUAUGAAGCUUUGGACAAAUAUGGGAAAGACCUGACAGCUAUGGCACGUCAGGGGAAGCUUGACCCAGUUAUAGGAAGGGAUGAUGAAAUCCGUAGGUGCAUUCAGAUCUUGUCGCGGAGAACAAAGAAUAAUCCUGUUUUGAUUGGUGAACCUGGUGUGGGGAAAACGGCUAUAGCUGAAGGGCUCGCUCAGAGGAUAGUGCAAGGAGAUGUCCCACAAGCACUGACAAACCGUCGACUGAUUACACUUGACAUGGGUGCUUUAAUUGCUGGUGCAAAAUAUCGAGGAGAAUUUGAGGAUAGGCUGAAGGCUGUACUUAAAGAAGUCACAGAUUCUGAUGGACAGGUCAUUCUCUUUAUUGAUGAGAUUCACACUGUUGUUGGAGCAGGUGCCACUUCUGGUGCAAUGGAUGCUGGCAAUCUUCUGAAACCAAUGCUCGGAAGAGGGGAGCUACGUUGCAUUGGCGCAACAACCCUCGAUGAGUACCGCAAAUAUAUUGAGAAAGAUCCAGCACUGGAACGCCGCUUCCAACAAGUGUAUGUUGAUCAACCAACAGUUGAAGAUACAGUGUCAAUACUCCGAGGAUUACGUGAGAGAUAUGAAUUGCACCAUGGAGUCCGCAUAUCAGACAGUGCUCUUGUUGCUGCCGCUGUUUUAUCAGAUCGUUACAUCAGCGGACGAUUUUUGCCUGACAAAGCAAUUGAUUUGGUCGAUGAAUCAGCUGCCAAGUUGAAAAUGGAGAUAACAUCUAAGCCAACUGUUCUGGACGAGAUUGAUCGUUCUGUGCUUAAACUUGAAAUGGAACGUCUCUCACUAACAAAUGACACAGACAAAGCAUCAAGAGACAGACUAUCUCGUAUUGAAGCAGAAUUGUCACUUUUGAAAGAAAGGCAGAAGGGAUUGACUGAGCAGUGGGAGCAUGAGAAGUCGGUGAUGACAAAGAUUCAAUCUAUUAAGGAAGAGAUUGACAGGUUAAAUGUGGAGAUCCAGCAGGCCGAGCGUGAGUAUGAUCUCAAUCGUGCUGCUGAACUGAAGUAUGGUAGUCUGAAUGCAUUGCAGCGGGACCUUCAAAAAACAGAGGAUGAACUGAAUGAAUAUCAAAAUUCUGGGAAAUCCAUGCUAAGAGAAGAGGUGACCCAAGAUGAUAUUGCAGAGAUUGUGAGCAGGUGGACAGGUAUUCCCGUUUCCAAGUUAAAGCAAUCCGACAGAGAAAAGCUGCUGUAUCUGGAGGACGAACUGCACAAGCGUGUAGUGGGGCAGGAUCCUGCAGUCAAAGCAGUUGCAGAGGCCAUUCAGAGAUCCAGAGCUGGUUUGUCCGAUCCAAACCGGCCCAUUGCCAGCUUCAUGUUCAUGGGACCUACAGGAGUGGGCAAAACAGAAUUGGCGAAAGCCCUCGCUUCUUUUAUGUUCAACACUGAGGAUGCUGUUGUCAGGAUUGACAUGAGUGAGUAUAUGGAGAAACACUCUGUCUCAAGACUGAUUGGUGCGCCACCAGGUUAUGUUGGGUACGAAGAGGGUGGCCAGCUUACAGAGGCUGUCCGUAGGAGGCCAUACUCUGUGGUCUUGUUUGAUGAGAUUGAGAAAGCCCAUUCAGAUGUAUUCAAUGUUUUCCUGCAAAUAUUGGACGACGGCAGGGUUACAGACUCGCAGGGCCGGAAGGUGAGCUUCACCAACAGUAUCAUUAUCAUGACAUCCAAUGUUGGUUCGCAGUACAUACUGAAUAUGGACGAAGAAGGUGGAGCAACUGAUUCGGCCUACGAGAGUAUGAAGAAGAGAGUGAUGGAUGCUGCAAGAUCUGUUUUCCGUCCUGAGUUCAUGAAUCGUGUGGACGAGUACAUCGUCUUCAAGCCUCUUGAGAGGAAGCAGAUAAACAGCAUUGUGAAAUUACAGUUGGCAAGAGUGCAGAAGAGGAUCGCCGACCGCAAGAUCAAACUCGACGUCUCACCGUCAGCAAUCGAGUUCCUGGGAAGCCUUGGCUACGACCCCAACUACGGUGCCAGGCCAGUGAAGCGAGUGCUCCAGCAGUACGUGGAGAACGAACUGGCCAAGGGUAUCCUCAGAGGCGAGUUCAAGGACGAGGACAGCAUCUCCGUCGACACUCAGGUGACGGUGCCGUCGAACGGACAGCUCCCCCAGCAGAAGCUUGUCUUCCGGAAGAUGAACGAGGAAUCCAAGCCGGCUGCUGCUCAAGACGAGAAGUUCCUGCCGACAGUCUGAUGCUCCAUAUUUUUGCAGAGGAUCGAUCUAUAAAUAAGUGUAGAUACAUAUAAGGGCGGCGAACUGGUAGUGUAUCUCUUUGGGCAUAUCAUAGCAGGGUUAUGCAGCCAGAAUUCUUUGCUCCAGCAGUACAUUAUUAGCAGCAGGACAACCCGAAAAAACCAGAGGUUUUGGACGACCCUGACAUUCCUCUGAUUCCAGAUGCUCCAGCAUACUAAGGUUGUUUGUCUGGCCAUUUCAAAA